CAUCAUCUUUGAUGUUUACAACAGCGGAAGACUGGAGAGAGAAAUAAAUAUGUACUCCCCCAAGGAAGCCAAGACCGUAAGCAAUGAAAUUACCAAAAGUAUCGUAAGUAUAUCAAUCAAAACAAAAUUACGUACCAUUGGCUUCGAAGACCGAGGUUGUCGAGUAGCCCUGGAACGAGUAAGAUGGCGGGGAAUCUACUGAAGGACGAAAAAACUACGCCAAGAAAAGUUACUGUUGUUGGAGGGGGAUUGGUGGGAUCAUUAUGCGCAAUUUUUCUCGCUAAACGAGGAUUUCACGUUGACCUGUACGAAGCGCGCCAAGAUCCUCGACUGGUGGAGUUUGUCGGUGGCCGUAGUACAAAUCUUGGUCUGUCCACAAGAGGGAUUGAGGCUUUAAAAGUAGCUGGGGCUCUGGAGUCAAUUUUACCUCUGGGCGUAGCUGUGUAUGGCCGAAAAAUUCAUCCCACGACUGGAGACAUAUCAACUCUAUACUUUGAACAUGGAGAAAAUAUACCAAUGAUGGCAAUGCAAAGAAGGAAAGUUAAUGAAAAACUUCUUUCUGCUGCAGAGACCUAUCCUAAUGUGCACUUGCACUUCAAACACAAGUUGGUGUCUACAAACUUGGAGACAGGGCAUCUGGUUCUUUCAUGCCCUGAUGGUAAGACUGUAGAUGUAGAUGCACAGCUGGUCAUUGGUGCAGAUGGAGCUCAUUCAACCGUAAGAAGUGAGAUGAUGAAGAGGCCAAGAUUUGACUUUAGCCAAGAAUACAUUUCACACGGUUACAAAGAACUUCAACUUCUGCCAAACAAGAAUGGAGAAUAUGCUUUUGUAGAAGAUUAUCUCCAUAUUUGGCCUCGGGAUGGGUUUAUGCUAAUUGCUAUUCCUAACAAGGAUCCAUCUUUUACAUGUACUCUCUUUAUGCCAUAUGAAAAUUUUGAAACUUUGGAGACGAAGGAAGAUUUUCUGAGUUUCUUCAAUGCGGUUUUUCCUGACUUUGUACAGCUGAUGGGGGAAGAAAGAAUUUUGGAAGAUUUCUUUAAAAAUCCCGUGUGGCAUACAGUUUCAGUAAAGUGUAAACCCUACCACUUCUCAGACAAGGUGCUCAUUAUAGGUGACGCAGCCCAUGCCAUGGUGCCAUUCUUUGGACAAGGAAUGAACAGUAGUGACCUGCCAGGGGGGAGGUUUAACCUAAUGUUACAUUUUCUUUUAUAUUUCCAGUUGAGAUCGUUGGUCAAUUCAUUUUGGUUCCUUCUGGAGAGAAAAGCGAUGUAUGCAUUAAACAGGUUGAUGCCCAAAACUUUCAUUCCGCUGCAUACCAUGGUUACCUAUACACACAUACCUUUUCACGAAGUAGUAGAGAGAAAUCAGUGGCAAGAAAAGAUGGUGCGCGUUCUUCUUUUGAUGGGCUCGUUAACCGGUUUAGCUGGACUUAUGGUGAUUUUAAAGACUUGGAGGUUUCGAAUAAGCUGAAAAGAAAAUGAAGCAUUACGCGAUACAUUGCAUCUGUUGAAACCGGGGACCUAUAGACAAAGUAAAGUUUUAAGAACUUUCUGUAAUAUGCGACAGAACCGUCGUAGCUUUAUAAGUUCAUCGUGGUCUUUUUUCGGGCGAGUGUCACCCCUCUUCUUGCAUGUGGCUCACCUUCCACGCUCGCGUCGCGUGUAUUCCCCGCUUGCCUCGCGUGUGUUCCCGCUCGCGUGUACUUUGCCCGUAUAGAUUAAAGAUUGAAAUUCUUUUGCUUACUUUUGGGUUUCAUUUACUCUCUAAAUCAGCCAACGACGUAGUUAUAACUUGGUGCAGCAUAUACUUCCAUUGCGUACCCUUACAACGCACAAGCAGACAAAGACUUAAAGAGCAAAGGUUUGAAUUUGAAAUGUCGUUGAACACUAUCGGUCUACGAACAAAAUGAGAUUUAAUGGUUUUGUACUUGACCUUUAAUUGGCUGGAUUCGAUUCAGGUGUUGUGUGCUCGACACUUGAUUGGUGAAUCGGAUUCAGGAGUGCCAUCUGAUUGGUUUUCAUUGCCUGGAUUGUCUCAAUUCAGGCCUGAAAUCUUAUUGGUUUUCACUGUCUGGGUGGCUCCAAGGUUGUUUAAUUAGUUUUAGGUAAUUAACUACAUUAUCACAGGGAACCACGUCAUUAAUGGUUUUUUUUCUUUUGUUUUGUUCUUUAUUUUGUUCGUUGUUUUUUGAGUUAUUUGUUUGCUUUUGUCUUGGUAAUCGAAAGAGCUGAAUUUCAGCAAAAUGUCUACCAAGUGAAUCUUGUUUGGAAAAUAAAAACCAUGAAGGCGGCA